ACACGGACUCCUCAAACGGUCGGACUGUCAGCGUGUUGUGAUACAGCAGCUCCCACGUUGAAUGUGGGAAAGAUUCAGUAUUGAGCCGAUUAAGUUUCUUUAACUCGGUUAGUGAGAUGCUAUUAGCUAACAGCAAAGCUCUUUACAUUUUAACCUGGUUUGUAUUGAGAUGCAAACGGCUAACUGAAGCUCUUUGCAAUUAAACUCGGUUUGUAUUGAGAUACUAACGGCUAACUGCUAGGUGAAGAUGAAGAUCAAGCGGCAGAAACAGGCCAAGAAAAGCAUCAGCUUCUACAAAUACAACUUCAACUUCAGGGAACCCUUCCAGGUCCUCAUCGACGGAACUUUCUGCCAGGCGGCGCUGAAGAACAAAAUCCAGAUUAAAGAGCAGCUUCCUAAAUACCUGAUGGGGGAAAUUCAGCUGUGCACCACCAGCUGUGCUCUGAAGGAGCUGGAGGUUCUGGGGAAGCAGCUGUACGGAGCUAAAAUCAUCCUCCAGAGGUUCCAGGUCAGAAAGUGUCCUCAUGUGAAGGAUCCUGUUUCUGCCUCCGACUGUUUUCUGUCCAUGUUACAGGAAACGAACCCGCAGCAUUACUUCAUCGCCACGCAGGACCACACUCUGACCUCCGGCCUGAAGAAGAUCCCCGGCGUCCCGCUGCUCUACAUCGUCCUCAACACCAUAGUUCUGGACAAAGCCAGCCCGGCGUCGCUGCAACGCGUGCAGGACGUCCAGCUGGGGGCGCUGGUGAGCGUGAGCCAGCAGCAGAGCAUCAGCAGCCUGAAGGAGCAGCAGGGACUGAGCCGGACAGACGCAGAGAGAAGAGGGAGGAAGAGGAAGAGGAAGCAGAACAACCCCAACCCUCUGAGCUGCCUGAAGAAGAAGAAGAAGAAAGGAGGUCCGACGGCGCCGCUGAAGGAGAGCGAGGAGGGAGAGAAGAAGAAACGCAGCCGACACAAGAGAAGAAGAACGGAGGCAGAAAACAAGACGGCCGACUCAACGUCCUGAUCUGAACUCUUCACACGUUUUACUGCUGCAGGGAAUAAAUCAGCACAGAAACACUUUCACUGCUUUUAUUUUGAAAAACUCUGGAUUUACAGGCAGCAGACAGAAAUAAUUCAGAGACAAUAUCAUGAGAAGAUGAGUUUUUUUUUUCUACAAACUCAGACGGAAGGUUUAGUUUAACUAGAAGCUGAACUCAGUUUUUAUCUGGGUGUUAAAGUGAUGCAUUCAGUGUUUUCUACAGAAGAAGAGAAGAGUGGACUGAACUUUUUCUCCAACAUGCUUCACCUGAUCCUCGAUUCCAACCAGUUUUUAAAUUAAAAACGCUCCGAUAUUCCAACGUAAACACUGUAGAAGCUGAACAGUCAAUAAAUCUGAAUGACUGGUUACAAAAAUGAAGACUUAAGACAGAAGCAGGUGUUUUGUGCAUCUCAGUAGAACAUUUCAGGCAGCAUGCAGACGUUCAUGUUUUCAUCCUGAAGCUCUUCUACAGAUUAAAUGCAGUUUGUGUUCAAAAAUCACAAUAUUUUACUGUUUCACUAACAGCAGCUGCAACAAUAAAUGAUUUGUUGGAGUUUUUCAGACUUUA